CUUCCUCCCCCAGAGCGGGCGAGGGGUUCGAUCACUGGAAUCCGAAUCCUCCAGAGAGCGGCGACAUCAAAGCCCCAAUCCUUUCUUCUCCUUGGCAAUCAAUCGCUUGCUUCCUCGACGUGAUCCGUCCAACAGGCCAGAUGGUUAUUGAUGUGGCACUUUAACAUACUAUCCUAACUCAAUUGCUAUGGAAUGCAUGACACAUAAAUUUGAUAUUGGCCUCUGUACAUGCACAAAAUAAUGCUUUGGGUUGUGCUGUUAAAACAAUUUUGAAGCAUGAGAUACAUGGUUACAUGUUGGUGGCACUAUUACUGUACAAACUAAAGCGCCUUUGUGAAAUUAGUCUUCCAACUGUGUAAAUCAUUGUCUGCCCGCGUAGUCUUGAGCUAUACAUGUUUGGCUACAUGAUGCCUUUGUGGCUAAGCAAAUCCCACUCCUCUAGUCUAUACUCUCAAACUAGCAUGUUUCAACAAAGAAAAACAGCUGUGUCCUUGUACAAGGCAUCACUUUCUUCCUCUCUCGGUUCUAAAGGAUACAGAUGUAGGCAUCCUGUUUCAUUACUUUCCAAACAUGAAGGAGGUUUCAAUGACCAAUCCUUGGAUACCUCAAUGCAUUUAUCUAGGCGACAAUUUCAUAUUGGGUUAACAACAAGGUGUCGGAGAAUGAAGUUGAGCAUAUCUCUUCCAUCCUAUGAGAGGUUUUCGAGGGUCACAUGGAAUAAUCGACAGAUAGCAUGGGGAGUAGGAGGUGUUUCUCUAGGACUCUAUUUGUCAUUUACAACUUUUGGGCCUGCCUAUGCUGAAGCUUCAAUGGGAAGAGCUAGAGGGAAUGAUUCAAGUGCUAACUCUUAUGGGAAAAAUGUUUAUACAGAUUAUUCCAUAACAGGUAUCCCAGGAGAUGGACGAUGCUUAUUCCGCUCAGUGGUGCAUGGAGCAUGUCUCAGAUCUGGCAAGCGACUACCUGAUGAGAAACUUCAGAGAGAAUUAGCAGAUGAUUUGAGGGAAAAAGUUGCAGAUGAAUUUGUUAAGAGGCGUGCAGAGACAGAAUGGUUUGUUGAAGGCGACUUUGAUACCUAUGUCUCUCAAAUUAGAAAGCCACAUGUGUGGGGAGGUGAGCCUGAGUUGUUCAUGGCAUCACAUGUUCUUCAAAUGCCAAUCACAGUUUACAUGGUCGAUGACGAUGCUGGUGGUUUAAUAUCAAUAGCCGAGUACGGACAAGAAUAUGGGAAGGAAAAUCCAAUUCGAGUUCUUUACCAUGGCUUUGGUCAUUAUGAUGCUCUACAAUUUCCUGGAGGGAAAGUUUCAAAGUCAAGACUAUAGUUUUCAACAAUGGCUAUUUAGAAUGGAGAAAUGCGAUUUGAUGCUGCAAAACACUCAAGAUUUAUCAGCCUCAUCUGGAAUCUAUUGCAUCUCUUUUCAUAAAUACCCCAUAUGUAUUAUUUUGACAAAUUGUUUCUUCAAUGGAUAUAUGUAAUUUCCACAAAGACAGCCAAUAGAGGCAUCAUCCGAGCGCUUCAUGGUAACAGCAACCAGGCUGUGGAAAGCGUUUCUAUCGACGAUAACCCAUUUGUGACAAAGUGAGAAUGAUAGAAACCCAAAAUUUAAGCAUUGUAGUCUCUUUUGUCAUAUUUUCCCCUACCUUUCUCCUAUGGCCAUUAUGCUUGAUUGCUUGUUAUAUAUAGUGUUAUGAAAUUCUGGGUGCAGUUAUGACUCGAGAGUAGUAUGUUUGAUUCUGUAAAAGUUGCUCAGGUGAAACAAAAAAACAAGGCCUUCUACAUUUUUACCUCUUGAGAUAAAAGACAUUGGAAUGGUCACAGGUUUUUUUCCUU